CUUGACGCAAAAUGAUGCUGUGGUUCUCACCGGUGGGCUAUGUGUCCCAGGUUUAUCUACCGCAGGGUACGGCUCGCGGUAAAAUUAAUCGAAGUGUCUACGGUGAACGAUUCUUCAGUUUCGAAGGAUUGCCAUAUGCUAUGCCGCCGAUAGGAAACCUACGCUUCCAGCCGCCGGUACCACCGCUCUGCUGGGAGGGUAUCCGAAAUUGUUUUGAGCCUGGUAGCAAGCCAUUACAGAAGAAUUGGAAGACGGGCUUGGUCGAGGGCUCGGAGGAUUGUCUCUAUUUGAAUGUAUAUGUCAAAGAAAUUUAUGAUGGCCCAAAGCUGCCAGUUAUUGUAUUUAUAUAUGGCGGCUCCUUCAAAGCGGGCGGUGCUGUUCGCCAGAGUUUUAGUCCGGACUACUUUAUGUUUAAGGACGUAGUGUUGGUCACGUUCAAUUAUCGCCAUUGUUGUCUUGGUUUCCUCAGUCUGAAGGACCCGGAGCUGCAGGUGCCUGGGAAUAUGGGCAUCAUGGACAUGAUAUUGGCCUUGCGUUGGGUAAAAAACAACAUCGAGUUCUUCAAUGGGGAUCCGGAGAGAAUUACGGCUUGUGGGGUGGCCGCUGGUGCCGCUGCUGUGCACUAUCUUAUGUGUAUACCGCAGGCCGAGGGUCUCUUUCAUCGAGCCAUCCUCAUGGCGGGCUGUGCUCUCAACUAUUGGGCUAGCUUGCCUCAAAAAGACUUCGCUUUUCGUCUGGCUAAGCAGAAUGGCUACGAAGGUUUCGAUAACGAUGAGUCAGUACUGAAGUUUUUGUUGGAGCUGCGUGCCGAAGCAUUGGUGAAUCACUGGUUGCUAACGCCCGACGAGUUGAAGGAUGGAUAUGUUUUCGCUUUUGGUCCGGUCAUUGAGCCAUACCUUACUUCGAGUACACUGAUUUCGAGCGCACCCGUCGAGAUGAUGCGCAAAAGUUGGGGCAACUCUAUACCACUAAUAUUGGGGGGAGCAUCGUUUGAGGGACUGUGUGCACUGCCGUUGUUGCUUGCCUAUCCACAGCUGGUAAAAGAGGUCAGAGAGGACCCCCAGCAUGUGUUGCCAAAUGAUGCGCGCGAGGGUCACACCGAGGAGUUCUGCCUACAGCUGAGCAAACAUUUAAUAAAACAACACUUCAGCAAGAGUGUCCCAAAAAGUGACGAAGUACCGUCGUUAGUGAGCUACAUGGAUUUUCUUUCCUACAAGUGCUUUUGGCAUGGAUUGCAUCGCACAACGCUCUCCCGUGUCCAUUUUAGCAAUUGUCCCACUUAUCUGUACCGUUUUGAUUUCUGUUCCCGCUUUAAUCAGCAGCGGCAUUUAUUGAUCGGUGGUCAGGGAAUCGAUGUUAAAGGUGCUGCGCAUUCAGACGAGCUAUCGUAUUUAUUCUUUUCUGAAAACUCAUGGCCUCUGAAGAAUCAAUCGCAAGAGUUCGUAACCAUAAUGCGAAUGGUAGGUAUGUGGACCUCAUUUGCGGCGUCUGGUCGUCCGAAGUGCGCAGAGAUGGAACGUGUGCAUUGGCAUCCAUUGCGCAUUAAUACAAUAUUCCGAGCAUUGAAUAUUGGGAAAAGGAUGGAGCUCAUCGACAUACCCGAACGGACCAAACUAGAGACUUGGAAUAAUUGUUACGAGCCCAAUCGACUAUUUUGACGAAUUAACAGUUCGAUUUAGGAAA